AUGUCUUCAGAAGAUUUAAAGAAAACUCCGGACAUGGAGACGAUGUCUCCAGUCCACACCAUCACUCCCGGUACCAUGACCCAUACUAAGAGCAUCAAUGAGCAGGGUAUGGCCAGACCAGAUGUGCAAGGAAUGCGCACCACCAAACGAGGUCUCAAGAGCAGACAUGUGCAGCUCAUGGCUAUCGGAGGUAGUAUUGGCACAGCCCUCUUCGUCGGUAUUGGAGGCAGUCUCUCUAGAGCCGGUCCUCUUUCACUCCUCCUCGGCUACAUGUUUUGGGGAAUAGGCUUCAUCUGGCCCUGCAAUUUAUACACGGCAGAAAUGGUCGCCUACCUUCCCAUCAAAGGUCAAAUCUUCGAAUUGGCAAGUCGUUACGUCGACCCAGCCGCUGGGUUUGCUCUUGGUUGGACAUACUUCUUCGGUGGCUCGAUGUUGGUCUGCGUUGAACACUCGGCCGUUGCUGCAGUCAUUCAGUAUUGGAACUCCGAUAUCAAUCCAGCUGCCUGGGUCACAAUCUCGAUCGUGGUCUGCUAUUUCUUUAACGUCGUGGCUGUAAAGUGGUACGGCGAAACCGAGUUUAUCAUGGCUUCCACCAAGAUUAUCCUACUCGUCGGCCUCAUCUUAUUGACCUUCAUCACUAUGGUGGGCGGAAAUCCUCAGCACGACGCCUACGGCUUUCGCUACUGGAAAAACGGACUCGCCACACACGCUUACUACACCAGUGGUACAACAGGAGGCUUUCUGGCCUGGUGGACCUGUGUCCGCUACGCGGCAUUCACGAUCGCGGGCCCUGAUCUGAUCACCAUGGCGGCCGGCGAAAUUCAGAAUCCGAGAAAAACCAUUCCACGAGUAGCUAAACUUGUCUUCUACCGGCUGGUGGGCUUUUACAUUGUCGGAGUACUUGCAGUCGGAAUCCUCUGUUCUUCGCGCGACACUCGCCUGUUGGGCGCUCUCAAGAGUGGUGCAUCUGGCGCUGCUGCUUCUCCCUGGGUGGUCGGCAUUCAGAACUUGGGCAUCGAAGGCCUUCCAUCUGUCAUCAAUGUUGUCAUUAUGCUGUCCGGCUUCUCCUGUGGCAAUGCAUAUCUGUACUCGACAUCGCGUACUUUAUUCUCCCUUGCACAAGACGGCCAAGCACCGAAAAUCUUCCUCAAAUGCACCAAAGCAGGCGUGCCCAUUUGGUGUGUAACAGCUGUGUCCCUAAUUGGAUGCCUCACAUACCUCGUCGCAUCAAACAGUGCCGUCACGGUCUUCUACUGGUUUGUCAACCUCACUACAAUCUGUUUCGUGUUGGUUUACACAACGUACAUCUUCGUCUGGACAAGGUGGUACGAAGCGUGCAAAGCACAGGGCCUAGAUCGCAAGACACUUCCCUACCACGUCCCAUUCGCACCCUACACGGCCUGGUUCGGUAUCGUUGCUGGGUGUGUGUGCAUGAUCUUCAUGGGUUUUGAUGUCUUCGUCCCCUGGGACACACAGGGUUUCGUCACAUUCUAUUUCGGGCUGGCUUUUGGAGUCGUCAUGUUCGUGUUCUGGAAGGUCUACAAAAAGACAAAGUGGGUUUCUCCAGCAAAUGCAGAUCUUUAUACCGGUCUGGCCGAGGUCAACGAAGAAUGUGCACACUGGGAGAGUCCGGAAGCGAAAGAGAAAGAGCACGAAAGACUGGCACAGUUGAAUUUUUUCAGCAGGACCUGGGAGAAAAUGUGGUAG